AUGAUAUUCAUUGUUAUAUUUUUUGUAAUAAACUUAGCAUUAGCUGAGUUUGAUAUGAAUAAAGAUGAUAUUACUUUAUUCAAAGAAUUUGUUUCAAGAUUUCAAAAAAGAUAUGAGACUCCAUCUCAAAAGUUAACAAGAUUUGCAUUGUUUAAGAAGAACUGCGCGAAUAUUCGAAAGUGGAACGCUGAAAGAAAAAAUGAAAGAGAUGCUCAAUUUGGUAUUACUUCAAGAACAGAUAAACUUCCCAUGGAAUAUGGGUUAAGUCGUAAUAUGAACGUUUUGGCAAGUAAAACAAAAGAAAAUGAUGUUAUAAUUGAUGGAGGAGCAUACCCACCAAUACUACCAGAAUCUGAUGAUAUACCAGAGUUUUUAUCAUAUUGUGGUGAUUAUGUUGUAAAUAAUACUGACCACCCAAAAGUAAAUUUGUGUUUAACACCAUAUGAUCAAGGAAGUUGUGGCUCUUGUUAUGCAGCAUCAACAGCAAACCUUGGACAAUAUUUAUAUGCCAAUUUAUCAUAUUAUUAUAAUGUAGGAAAUCAAGAUAAUAUUGUAAUUAAAAACUUUACAGCCCAACGAUGGAUAGAUCAAAAAAAUAAUAUUUAUGUUAGAAGAUGUUGUGGUGGAAAUACUAAAAUGAUGUUAUCAAGUCAACCUACAUUUUCUACAGAAUAUGAAUAUCCAUAUGUUGAUAUUCAUACCUCAGAAAAUGAUAUAAAUGGUUGUAGAAAUAGAGGAGAUCAAAACCCAAAUGUUGCUAUUCAUUUAAGAACACAAAAAAUUACUGUAUUUGGAAUGGAAAAUACUUAUUCUCAUUUACAAAAAGUAACUAUUAUUAAAAAGAUUCUCCAUCAUUAUGGACCAAUUUCUGUUUCUAUUUUAGUUGAUGUAAAUCAAACCAAUAAUGCUAUUAAAAUGGCUAACUAUAAAGGAGGUAUUUUCAAAUUCCCAAAUACAUGUAAUGUUAAUAAAAUGGGAAUUGAUCAUCAAGUUAUUAUAGUUGGAUAUGGUGUUGAAGAUGGAGAAGAAUAUUUAAUUAUGAGAAACUCUUGGGGUAAAUGGGGAGAAUAUGAUGAUGGAUAUAUGAAAAUAUCUACUGAAACAUCAUUGUGUGGUAUAGGUGAAAUAGUUGAAAAUUAUUAUCCAUCAAAUUAUAUUAUUUAUGCUGGAAAUUGUAUUCUUGAUAGAAAUUGUGCCUCUUGUAAUAGCAAAACUUUGGUAUGCUCUGAAUGUAAAGAAGGAACUACCAUGGAUAGUCGUGGUAUGUGUUUAGAUAAUUCUUAUCCUUCAAUUCCAGAAGAUGCUGUUGCACCAGAAGAACCUAACCCUGACCCUGAUCGUCUUGAAGACCCACCAGCAGAAGACUCUGUUAAUGGUCUAGUUAUUUUUUCAAUUAUUUCUUUGAUUGUUCUUCUUAUUUGA